AUGGCUGAGGAAAUUGCACAAAUCUGCUCUAAGCUGAGUAUAGAGGACGUAGGGGGAGACAUUAUUGACCUAGGAGCCAUAACCGCAGAUGAAGAGGAUGAGAAACUAACCCUAAUGCUUGUGGGGAGAUUGCUAACGGAGAGAUCGUAUAAUGUGGAAGAUUUUAAGCGUACUAUGAUGAGUGUCUGGAGUCCUGCUCAUGGCAUGGUGAUUAGGGUUUUGAGCCCUAAUUUGUAUGCCUUCCAAUUUUUCCACUGGCGAGACAAGGAGAGGGUGCUAGAAGGAAGACCGUGGUGCUUUGACAAUAUGUUGAUUCUGUUGAAGGAGAUGGACGGAGACGAACAGCCUGAGAAGGUCACAAUUACUCACUCUCCUUUCUGGGUUCGGGUCAAAAAUCUACCGUUCAAUUGUAGGUCGGAUGCUUAUGUAAGGGCAUUAGCUGGAGGAAUGGGGGAGGUGAUCAAAUUGGAGGAAGACUCGUUGGGGGUAGGUCGUUACCGCCGGGUGAAAAUCAUGCUUAACACUCGGCUGCCCUUAAAACAGGAGCAGAGAAUCAAAGACAAGAAGGGGAGGGAGGUGAAGGUGGAGUACGUGUAUGAGAGGCUACCAUACUUCUGUUUCGCGUGCGGUGUAAUGGGCCAUUCGGAGAGGGAAUGCCAUGCAGUAUUGGAGGAGGAUAAGAAAAAGAAACUGGGUUGGGGACCGGGACUAAAGGCGACACCGAGGAAAGGGAGGGCUAAGGAGGUGGAGGAAAUAGAGAGCAUUGUCUCGGCCAAGAAGGCGUUGUUUGUGACGAAAGGCAGUGGGGACAAAGAAAAGGGCGAGACAGUGGAGAAGGAGACAUCGAACAACACUAGUGUGGAAGCUCUCUUAGAGGGGAGGAUCGAGAAGGGGAAGCAUGAGGAGAAGACAAAGGCCAAGUUACUGACCCUGACUGUGAGUGAAAACAUCCCCCCAGGAACUAACAAGCCAAAUGAGGUGGAGAUACCCCAAGAGGACUCUACGGGAACCUUUGAACAAGUAAACCAAACCACUACCUUGUCCUUUGUAAUGGGGACGACUGGAGGCAAGGAGAAGAAAGGAGGUGGGAGGUCAUGGAAGAGACAAGCAAGGGACACGGGGAGAGUGCAGCAGGUGGGACACACAACCACUGGCAUGCAGAAACGUAACCUGGAGAAUGUAGACAUGGAGAUUGAGAACGAUGAUGGGUUUGGGAAGCGAGCAAAGCAGGGCUCCCUCUCAGAAGUACUUCUCACUAAUCCGGCGGAGGUUGGGGCAGACCAACCCGCCACGCCCAAUGAAUCUUUUAUGCUGGAACUGUCGGGGUAUGGGCAAUCCCCGAUCAGUUCGCCAGCUCCGUAA